ACAACAGAUCCCAAAACUGAUUUUGAAACUUCAUUGAAAAUUGUGUUCAGGCAUCCUUUAAAAAAAUGAGAUACCUCCUGGGAGUCGCACUGCUUAACAUGGUCGUGGCUGGCACCAACGGUCAGCUCACGGCCGCCGAAUCUAUGGGAGACGUCUUCUUCUACAGCACACCGAUCUACUGCACCACCCUGGUACCGCAACUGCAGACCUGCCCGCCCCAGCCUUGUUUCGCCUCCAACACCCGGGGACAAUGCUGUAUGGGAAUCUACAGAUCUAGUAAGAUAACACUUUCAAUCUACCACUAGCAUUAUCAUUAGCAAGAAGUAUUUUUUACUAGAUCUAGUUGUAAAAUCAUUAGUCGGAAAUCGUUCGUUAAAAAAAAAAAAGUUGAGCGUGGAUCAUCUUGGCAAGGCAGUCUAUUUACAAGUGAUAGAAGCGCUGUGAGACCAGUGGUUUAAAAUCAUUUUUUCACAUCAUUGAAAGAUUCUGUUCAGUGACAACAGAACGUGGGGAAAAUCUUCCUUGCCCAACACAUAUACGCGAAUGUUUUCAAGAAAUGUUAAGUUAAUAACAAGAAAAAGUAAUCACUUUUGUUCGUGGGCCUAAACUAAUCAGCGAAAAGAGGAAGAUGUUGUGUUUUUUUUUUUUUUGUGUGCGCGUCUUAACAUGGAAUCCAUUUGGUUCUGGUUAACAUUGAUGUACAGAUUAACAGAUGAAUACGCGAAUGUUUUCAAGAAAUGUUAAGUUAAUAACAAGAAAAAGUAAUCACUUUUGUUCGUGGGCCUAAACUAAUCAGCGAAAAGAGGAAGAUGUUGUGUUUUUUUUUUUUUUUUGUGUGCGCGUCUUAACAUGGAAUCAAUUUGGUUCUGGUUAACAUUGAUGUACAGAUUAACAGAUGAGCACUAUGAAUUUGGUGAGAGAUUUUUAGUCUGCAUUGGAUAAGAAACGCGGAAAGUUGGUUAAACAAUAAAUGGCAAAUCUCAUGUCGACCAACUAGCAAAAACUCUUUUAGUUAAUUUAAAUGCGUUUUGAAUAUCUUCUGUUAAUUUAAAAUUCUCCUCAACCCCGCCCACCACUCCGUUUCAGCGUUACCUCCCUUGUGGUUCUUCCUGAUGGGUAGAAGAUCAAGUAAGAACUUACUUAAAAAAAAAUAAAAAAUCUCGAUUUAAACAUUUUCUCCCCUUUUUGUUUCAGCGACUGGUGCCCUGUACCAACAAUGCAAGUGUAACAACAAUAUCAACUGUAACACGUACCCUCCAGUUGGAGGUCCCUCAGCCACCAGAACGCCACCCCCAACCACCAGCACGCCACCCCCAACCACCAGCACGCCACCCCCAACCACCAACACAAGACGAACAACUCGCGCCGCUAGAACCACCACUGCGGCUCCCUUCUUCCACGACAUGCCCCAGUAUUGCAGCGCCGUCACCGCCGACAUGCCAAAGUUCUGUUUAGUGCCUGACCCCUGCUACUCAUCCACGACAAGAGCCUCAUGCUGCCUGACAUUAUCAAGGCAAUUUCUAAUAGACGGUAAGUGCUCUAGGAUAUUUAAAACUUCUCGGAAAGUUUAUUCACUGGGGUGAAUUUGGAACACAAGCUUAUCCUGACUUAUGGCACAUUGACGCCACAUGGGAUUAAUGUCAUGUCUCUUUUCACAGCUUGAACCACGCUCCGCCCCUCCAACCCCCGACCUAUUGCAGUGGACUUACUUCUCCUCUUUUUUUUUUUUUCGCUCUUCCCUAUUUAAUCUCUAACUCACUUACUGUCUGUCACAUUUCUUUUGCUGCCCACGGAUACUACUUCUAUGCUAAGUGCUAUUUUUUAAUUUUAAUUUUAUUUUUAUACCGUUUUUUUCUGUUGUUUUGUUCACUGACGAAGGAUUUCUGCCGACACAUUCGUUGUUUUGUUGCGUUCUUUUUUUUCAGGUUUUACCCUACUUUGUUCUACUCAUUUUACAUUGUGCUAACGUGAUUGCACUCUCUCCCCUUAUUACCCUUAUUCACUAGGGCAGUGGUUCACAAACGUUCACGGGGCCCAUGCUGAAUCCAGAUUUUUCCCCAAAUCGCCCUGUGUCUUAUUAUAACAAGUAUACUGCGAAAAAGCGAUUCCCGUUUUAAAAAUGACUCUGAGAUCUAUCUUCACAAGUGACGUCUGCAAUCAUAAAACAAAGUCCCCAAUGCAUGUCGUACUAUCGACGCGUCAUCACACUCUUGUCCGAAUUGGACUCAAUGCCCUCUUUAUUUAAAAAAACUCACCUUUUCAAUAACAACCACCCAUUUUAAAGAAUCCAAACGGGACAUAUGUAGUUCAGUAACUUCAAUUGAUUUAAGGACACCAAAUUUUAGCUGUUACCAUCUCUGAAAACUUGUUCAACAACAGAGUACCGAGAAAUUUCGAGAAAAUACAACAAAAUUAGAUAUCAUUAAUAGUUUUAAAAAAAAGCAUUUUUGCAGCGGCUUAUGCAAUUGGCCCCCCUCCCCCCGAAGCCAGAUCCACUAGAUGUCACUUCAUAAAUCACUUUUAAAUUAAAAUUUGAUCGACAAUUUUGAACAUUUUAAAGCGCAAGGACACCGUGCCCCACCCCUUCCUCAAUUUGCGCCACGCUUCAGAGAAUUAAAACACACCAAUUUUAUGCAAAUUCUAUCUGAAGGCAUGCUCAUUAUGAGACUUGAAAUGCUCAUUAUGAGACUUGAAAUGCUCAUUAUGAGACUUGAAAUGCUCAUUAUGAGACUUGAAAUGCUCAUUAUGAGACUUGAAAUGCUCAUUAUGAGACUUGAAAUGCUCAUUAUGAGACUUGAAAUGCUCAUUAUGAGACUUGAAAUGCUAAUUAUGAGACUUGAAAUGCUCAUUAUGAGACUUGAAAUGCUAAUUAUGAGACUUGAAAUGCUCAUUUUGAGACUUGAAAUGCUAAUUAUGAGACUUGAAAUGCUCAUUAUGAGACUUGAAAUGCUCAUUAUGAGAUUUGAAAGACUGUAUAAUUUUUGAUAAACCGAAAGGCAACCAUUGUUUUGAUGAGAUCAUUUUGCGAUCAUUACCCGAAGCGUAACGCUCAGAGCCGGGUUAACUAAACGCCAAUGGGGGCACGCGCCUAGGGACCCCUACACGGUUUAGGGACCCCCUCGUCAUCGGAUCAACAUAUGGGUUGGUAGGACUUAACAAGUUGUAAGCAUUAUGGGGAGAAAAGAAUGCAACACAAGACAUUACAGUUUAUUAAGACCGUAAUCGUCAAAAGGGUUUUUUUUUUUUUGGAGAGACUAUCUUCAUUUGUGAUUGUAAGGAUAAAUAAAAUAAAAUGUAGACUGUCAUUUGAUUCGGUCAGUGAAUAGGCGACCAAAAAUGCGAUAUCGAUAGACUUUUUAAAAAUUUAUCAGUCAUAUGUUGAAAAACAUAAAAGGUUGAUUCGAAAAUAAGGCUACAGGAUAUGGAUGAAGUCCUGUUUUUGAGGGAGGUCAUUUGAUUUAAUGUUGCCCAGGGUCGAACUAGCGAACAAUCAUAUUCAUCACUGUAAUAAGUUCCAAGUUGAAUCAAUUCUAUUUUUUUUUCAUUACAGCUCCCGGACUGAUCGCUUACCUUCCACAGUGCAGAUGCAGCGCCAGCGUCGGCACCUGUGAACAAAAUGUGCAGGGGUGAGCCUUGAAUUAAACUCUAGCCACGGUCAAGGUCUGAAAUAUGACGGAGGACGGACAACGCCCAGCUCCUGGAAUUUCCUUUUUAUUAGACAUCCCUUAAG